UGGUCAGGGCAUACUAAGCUACCUUCUUCCCCCUCCCCAAACGAGAGAGACAGGAAAAGAAUUGAGGAUUUUGGUAGGAGGUGGGGACUGCUGCUGCAACACCCACGACAUUCCCUAUAUAAAGGUAACGGUUCCCUGCUCGGCGGUGUCUGCUGAGCAGGCAGAGCAGGGCACCUUGAGCACCAUGGCCCUUUCCGUGCGCACCAGCGGCGGCUCCCGGCAGUUCUCCUCUCGGAGCAGCCUUGGCGGGGGAGCUCUGCGGAUGUCUAACGCUAGCUCUGCGGGAGGCUUUGGUGGCAGCGGGCUUGGCUUUGGUGGAGGAGGUGGGGGAGGCUUUGGUGCUGCUUCUCUGCUUGGUUCUGGCUCCAGCUUCAGUGGGGGCUUUGGGAGCGGCUUAGGUAGUGGCUUUGGUGGGGGCUUUGGUGGAGGUGGUAGCUACGGCAGUGGCUUAGGCGGUGGUUUUGGGGGAGGCUUAGGAAGUGGUUUUGGUAGCAGUUCAGGCGCUGGUUUUGGAGGUGGCUUCGGCAGUGGCUCAGGUGCUGGGUUUGGAGGUGGUUUUGGCACUGGUGGCGGGGGGGAUGGUGGCCUCCUUUCCGGCUCCAAAAAAGAAACGAUGCAGAACCUCAAUGACCGUCUGGCAGCUUAUCUGGACAAAGUACGAUCUCUGGAGGAUGCCAAUACGGAGCUGGAGCGCAAAAUCCGAGAGUGGUAUGAGAAAAAUGGCCCUGGAGCCGGUGUUCCUGGGUCUGGGAACGACUACAGUAAAUAUUAUCCAAUAAUUGAAGAUCUUCGAAACAAGAUCAUUAAUGCAACUAUCGACAAUGCAAGAAUCAUUCUGCAGGUCGAUAACGCCAGACUGGCUGCCGAUGAUUUCAGACUGAAAUAUGAGAAUGAAGUGGCUCUUCACCAGAGUGUGGAGGCUGACAUCAAUGGUCUGCGCAGAGUUCUCGAUGAGCUUACCUUGACAAGAGCUGAUUUGGAGAUGCAGAUUGAAAGUCUGAAUGAAGAAUUGGCUUAUCUUAAGAAGAACCAUGAAGAGGAGCUUCAGGGCUUCCAGAGCAAUGCAGUUGGCCAAGUCAGCGUUGAAAUGGAUGCUGCUCCAGGAAUUGACCUCACCAAGCUUUUGAAUGACAUGAGAGGACAGUAUGAAGUCAUCGCCGAGCAAAACCGUAAAGAGGCUGAAGCAUGGUUCAAUGAAAAAAGUGGGGAGCUGAAAAGGGAAAUCUCCACCAAUACUGAGCAGCUUCAGUCAGGCAAGAGCGAGAUCACAGAUCUAAAACGGACUCUGCAGAGCUUGGAAAUUGAACUACAAUCCCAGCUUGCCAUGAAAAAAUCCCUUGAAGACACUUUAGCAGAAACGGAAGGAGGUUACUGCGCUCAGCUUUCCCAAAUGCAACUUCAGAUUGGGAAUCUGGAGUCUCAGCUGUUUCAGGUCAGGGCUGAUAUGGAACGGCAGAACGCAGAGUAUCAACAACUUCUAGACAUUAAGAGUCGUUUGGAAAUGGAGAUUGAAACCUACCGUCGCUUGAUGGAUGGCGAGUUUGUGAGUGGAGGACAAGGACUUACAUUUGAAAGCUCAUCUUUGACAGGGUCUAAAUCACAAACACAAUCACUGGAUUCUUCUCAGGAUCCUACCAAAACUAGAAAGAUCAAGACAAUUGUUGAGGAAGUGGUGGAUGGGAAAGUUGUUGCAUCCCAUGUUAAGGAAGUUGAAGAGAAGAUCUAAGGCACAGUGAUAUUGCAAAGGAUCCAUUCAUUCCAUGUUUCUUUCAAAGCAGAAGUGGAUAAAUAACUUUGUUCUUUAGUACGAAGUAAAAAAAUAGAUUGGCUUUUUAACUAACAUUCUUUUACAUAAAAAACAUGUUUUCAUUCUUAGCAGUCAUCCAAUGUACUUUCUACUGCAGCCUAUUGGUGUUACCUGCAUUAUUUUCAUGGUAUUUUUUAAAUCUAUCACCAAUUCUUUGUUCAGUAACUAGAAACGUGGUGCAAAUGUCAGGCAUUCAUUUAGAUGUGCUUUUCUAUAUUUUUGAGUAAUUAAUAGCUAAAAUAAUUUUGCUAUUCUAACCUAAUUUUCCAGAUUUCUUGGCUAAUAAAAAAGGAUUCAAAAACUUUAAGAUAUUAGCCUCCUUUCAUUCUUCAUGUCAUAAUUUAAGACUAGCUCCUGAGCUGCCUUUGCCAUUUUGCUGGGUAUUUUGCUUUACCAUAUAUCGUGCCCAUGGCACAGUGCUCCCCAUUUUCAGUAGUUAACCCAACAGCAGAACAAGUACAUGCUAAAAAAUAAAACAAAAUACUGUUUACAUGGGGGAUUGAAGGAAUCCUUGAUACCAUACAAAUUAAAGAUACCGAUUUACAGCAAUACAAAGGAUUAAGAGGGAAGUUUUUUUGCGAACACAACAACAUGAUGUAGAGACCACAGCUUUAGUGGAAAAGAAGCGAUACACUGGUUCAAAGCAUGCAGCAACCCCAAGUAGAAGUGUUGGUUAGAUGUCCCGGAGUGCCACCUGGUGGGAGCACAAUACAGUAUUUUGAAUCCUACCUUCGACUUCCGGUUGUCCAACUAAAAGAAUCUCUUAUCCAGAACAAAAUUAGGAACCACGACACAAUCCCCUUACAAUUUACAUGUCAGUCU